AGGUUGGCGUGCCCAUUGAGGACCCUGACUGCCAUGGCUUCCAGCGCUUUGACGAAGCGCGCGCGGCCGGAGCCCACGCGUCCUCGGAGCGUUUGGUGUAUCCCUGGGGGUUGUAGCUUUUUAUAAGUUUGCUGCGGCUGAACCAAGAAAGAAGGCAUAUGCAGAUUUCUACAGAAAUAAUGGUUCUGUGAAAGAUUUUGAAGAGAUGAGGAAGGCUGGUAUCUUUUAGAGUGCAAAGUGACUUUGGAAUAUAGAGAUUUUCUUUGAGUUGAUUUACAUUGAAAUCUGUCACUGACCUGUGUUCCUGAGUUAUGAAUAUGUGGGCUGAGGAAUAGUUUCUCUUGAUGAAUAAUUAACGAAUACUGAAAAAAAAAAAAAGAGGAAGGGGAGGCCAGUACGAGCCUUUGUUUUCAGAGAAUCAAUUUAGUAUUUGUCUGGAAUCUGAGUAUAGAAUCAUUGAGGUCCAUUUAGUUGCUUUUUGAAAGUGGAACUCUAUUUGAUAUAUAGAUUUAAUAUGUAUAUGUUUAUGAAAUAUUCUGCGUCACAAUACCAGGCUUGAACUUUUUGACAGAAGAAACAUAUUGGGGCUUUGUUUGUUUGUUUUUAGCUAUUCUUUUCAAGAUGAGGUUGGCCUCUUAUGCUGGUGCUAUUUAGAUGGUAGGGGUGUUGUUUUGGGGUUUGUUUGUUUAUUUUUACCCUUUUUAAAAUUAAAAAGCUCAUUUGUCAUUGUGAGCUUAACAAAAUUAAUGCUGAGCCUUGGGCUGGCUAUAUACAUUCUUUGGGCAAAUGUUUUUGUUUUCUUCAUCAGGCCAUGUAAAAAAAUGAAAAAGGUGAUAGUCGCACAACAUAAUGUAGAGGAUUAGAACACUCGUUUUAUUAUUUUGAAAUGUGUAGUGUAUUGAGCUUGGAGCACUUUUUAAGAAUUUUUGCAAUUAGAUGUAGGAUUGUUAUAGUUUGGAUUUUGAGAUGCAUCAUUAAUGUUACAAUAUUUCCUUCUGUGUAUGUGUGUGUUCCCUAAGCACACUUUGCUAAUUCUAGUUCACUCCAGAGUUUGGUACUCCAGUGUUGUAAAUUGAAGUUGUGCGUGGUUUAAUUAUUUUCUACCUAAUAUUUUAAUGUGCCUAUUUUAGUUCACAAGGACUUUUCUAAGGAAAAAAAUGCAAAUAUUUUUAAAGCUAUGUUCUAGUUAUAAUUCGCAUUUUUAACUAGGAGUAGCUUGGGAAUUAAACUAUUGCAGCUAUAAUUAUUGAGUUAUAGUGGAUUGGAGUUGGAUGGCCUAUGUUCUCUAAUCUCUUCUGAAAUAACUGUUUUCAUAGUAAAUUAAGAGUUAGGAAACUUAUUGUGGUUAUUUUUCCUCCCACGGUUCCAGUAUAUAAUGGACCUAGAGAUUACCUGUUCUCUUCCACAUUUGCAAUUUUCAUUGUCAGUAGUAAAAGUGGUUUUAUAAUACAGGAAUAUGCUCAAGACAGGGAAAGAUUUUAUUAGGAUCUUUGAUUAAACAUGAAGAAUGCUCACAUGGACUUGAUAUGUCUGGUUUGCUAUGUUUGAAUUUCUGGGUGAAUAGGCUAUAAAUAACUGGUGAUUAAUUGAUAAUCCACAUUUGUAAGGAACACUGAGACAUAAAGUUAGCACAGCAUAGUAGAAUACAGCCUUGAGAGUUAAGCAGGUAGAUUCACUAGAUUCACAUCCCUUAAUUAGUCUGGAUUGUGGUUUUCUCAUUGAUGGAAUGGACAUGUUGACUUGGAAUAUGGUUUGAGUUCUAUCAUCAUUGAGGCAUUUAGGGGUGAUAAUUCUACUUUGCUAGCCUUACUAGAAUUUGGUACCAAUUGAGAGAGAGGAAAAGAGUCAGGUGGAAUUCAAAGUAACGGUCCUAAUGCUGAUGGUUACAUUGAGUUAGAGAAUAUAACUUAGAUCUGUGGGCUUCUACAGUUGAUCUUCUUAGUACAACCCUAUAUUUAGACUUUGGGCUUUUUGUUUGAGAGGGAGAGUUCGUGUAUGUAAAGCAAACACACAUAUCUGAAUUGCUACCUUACUCCCUGUGAGCCCUGAUGAUAGGAACAGAGGUGGCUCUGUGGAUAUGAUAUGCCUUGAAAGGCAGGUCCAUUUAUGCCUUGCACAUGGAAGAGCUGGGAAGAAACUGCAGUUCCCUAUAGGCUGGAAGUUCUUUAAAGAAAAGGAGGAAACAGCUGAGGCAGUUGAUCCCAUUAAGAUACUAAUGCCAUCACUGUCUCCUACAAUGGAAGAAGGGAACAUUGUGAAAUGGCUGAAAAAGGAAGGUGAAGCUGUGAGUGCUGGUGAUGCGUUAUGUGAAAUUGAGACUGACAAAGCUGUGGUUACCUUAGAUGCAAAUGAUGAUGGCAUCUUGGCCAAAAUAGUGGUUGAAGAAGGAGCUAAAAAUAUACGACUAGGUUCACUAAUUGGCUUGAUGGUUGAAGAAGGAGCAGAUUGGAAACAUGUUGAAAUUCCCAAAGAUGUAGGUCCUCCACCACCUGCUUCAAAACCAUCAGUGCCUCGCCCCUCACCAGAACCACAGAUUUCUAUACCUGUCAAGAAGGAACACACACCCAGGACACUGCAGUUCCGUUUAAGUCCAGCUGCCCGCAAUAUUCUGGAAAAACAUGGCCUGGAUGCCAGCCUGGGCACAGCUACUGGCCCUCGGGGGAUAUUCACUAAAGAGGAUGCUCUCAAACUGGUCCAGCUGAAACAGAUGGGCAAGAUUACUGAGUCCAGACCCACUGCAGCCCCUGUAGCUACCCCGACAGUACCUUCACCUCCACCGGCCGCAGCUGGGCCAUCCUAUCCUCGGCCGAUGUUCCCAGUAUCAACUCCUGGACAACCUAAUGCAGUGGGCACAUUCACUGAAAUCCCUGCUAGCAAUAUUCGAAGAGUUAUUGCCAAGAGGUUAACUGAGUCUAAAAGUACUGUACCUCAUGCAUAUGCUACUGCUGACUGUGACGUUGGAGCUGUUUUAAAAGCUAGGCAAGAUCUGGUCAAAGAUGACAUUAAAGUAUCAGUAAAUGAUUUCAUCAUCAAGGCAGUAGCUGUUACCCUUAGACAAAUGCCAGAUGUUAAUGUAAGCUGGGAUGGAGAAGGCCCAAAGCAACUGCCCUUUAUUGACAUUUCAGUGGCUGUGGCAACAGAUAAAGGUUUAAUUGCACCAAUCAUAAAAAAUGCUGCUGCUAAGGGUGUACGGGAAAUUGCUGACUCUGUUAAGGCACUGUCAAAGAAAGCAAGAGAUGGAAAAUUGUUACCUGAGGAAUACCAAGGAGGAUCUUUUAGUAUUUCCAACUUGGGGAUGUUCGGCAUCGAUGAAUUUACUGCAGUGAUCAACCCGCCUCAGGCCUGCAUCUUGGCUGUUGGGAGAUUUCGACCUGUGCUGAAGCUCACUGAGGAUGAAGAGGGGAACGCCACACUACAGCAGCGCCAGCUUGUAACAGUCACAAUGUCCAGUGACAGUCGAGUGGUUGAUGAUGAACUGGCAACCAGGUUUCUUGAAAGUUUUAAAGCAAACCUAGAGAAUCCUAUCCUACUUGCCUAGUCCUCAAAGAUGAGAAGUUGGUCUUUGGCUUAGUUAAUUCAGUAGCUGUUACCAAGAAACAUAACGUUAUAGAAAAACAACCAGGUAUUUAAGUUUGAAGUGAAUGAAAUGUGUAUUUAUUUAAGGUGAAAGCAUUUGACCCAAGUUGUUUUCAUUUUCAACUUGGGUUUAAUGUUGUAGAAAUAAAUGACAAUAAACUAAUAAAAAAAAAAAGAGAACAUUUGGUUAGUCAGAUUUUAUUUUUAACCUCUGGUGCUGUACAAAAGGGGUAUUAAAAACUAGAUGUAAAUCAAAUUAUAUAUUUGGCUCAUUUGAGCAUUUUAGGAUAUUUAAGAAUGUAUGAUACAUUGUAAAAUGAAAAAAUUGUUAGAACUCUACCUUAAUGGAGUUGAAGUAAGUGGUCUUCAGAGAGAUGCCCAUUAAUUUAGCAGUGAGACCUCACUUUUAUGAGCACUGCUCUAGAUAUACUUGAACAAUUUAAUAUGUACAGUUCUGGAUAAUAGUCAAUAAGGAUCACAUUAUAUUAGGGGUUGUGGCAACAUUAUUGAAUUUUUUAUGUAUAUAAAGCCAUAUGUUUUAGAGUGGUUUCUAUCUUAUAUUUCACUUCUGUAACACUGUGAACUUCUAAAGAAUGGAAGAAUAGAAUAACAGAAGCAAGAAUGAAGAGAGAGAUGUUUCAAAAAAGUUGUGUAGUUUAAUGAAAAACUAUAGCUAAAAUAUGUAAACCUUUUGAAAUAAACUGCUUACCUUCAUCCUGAGUUGGAAUAUAUUUAAAUAAACUGUUAUAUUCUGCCA